UUUUUUUUUAUCUUUUAAUGUUUAGUCCAUAGAAAUUCCCUUCAAUUAUGUCUUCUCCAUUCUCUGACUCAUCCUCAGUCUCAUCUUCUUCUUCUUCCUAUUCUUCAUCUGCAUUCUCAUUUGACGAUGCAGAAGAUAAACCGUACUAUAACAAUAUAACCUCGACAACAACAUCAGCAGCAGCAACAACUGCAGCAACAAUAACUUCGUCGUCUGUCUUUUCGAAAUUGGCAGGUACUGUCCGCGAUACUCGAUCAAAGGUGGAACAAAAAAAGUCGGAACUCAAUGCCAGUAUGCAAGAAAGAUUACCUGAAUGGCGGUCUCGUGGUGUUAUGUAUAGUAAUCGCGCGCGGGAAACUAGCAUAGAAUGGAGUCGGAAAGGGAAAGAAGCAGUCGAUCGUUGGAAAAAGGAGCGACAAGAUAAAUAUUUCAGUAAUGAUGAAACUAGUGAUUCAAGAAAAAUAGAAAAAUCAACUGCUCAAGUUUUUGGUCUGCCCUUGGAACAAGCUGUUAUGCUUACCCGACAAUCUGAAAACGACAACAUACCUGCGGUUGUUAGACAAUGUAUAGAUUAUUUGGAUGAAUAUGGAAUUCAUGAAGUCGGCAUAUAUAGAGUACCUGGAAGUACUAUUACUGUCAACAAGAUAAGAGCAAUAUUUGAUUCUGGUGCCGAAUGUGAUUUCAACUCUGUUUGUCCUGAACCCAAUAUAGCUGCUACGCUACUCAAGAUGUAUUUACGUGAAUUACCAGAGUCUAUCAUUCCUCUCAAUAUAAAUGAACAGUAUGCCCAACAGAUAAAUGAAUAUAUUCAAAGGGACCAACCACCAUCAAACUGCAACAUAUCAAGAAACGACGAUCACAUUUCACCGGAUAUUUUCGACAUGCCUACUACAGCCAAACUACCACCAAUCACUUCUGAAUUAUUGAAAAUUAUUCGGAAUAUCACACAACAACUACCUACGACUAAUCUUUAUUUACUGAAAGCACUAUGUCAACAUCUCAAACAAAUUGCGGCUCAUUCAAAUGAAAACAAAAUGUCGACAUCGAAUCUUGCUCUUAUAUUUAUUCCUACCCUUGGUAUUGGCCGUCUUCUAUUUCAUUGUAUGGUGGAUCACUAUGAUGAUGUAUUUGGAAAUAAUGACAAGACUUCCUCAAUUUUACCACCAAUAUGUACACCACCCAUAUCAUCUUCAUCUUCAGUAACACGAUCGGCUGGUCCAAUCAUCAUGCACAAUCGUUCCAUCUCAGCAUCAAACGCGCUUACUCCCAAUAAACCAUUACCACCACCAUUACCGCAGAAGCCCAAGAAUAUUAACAUUCCAAAACCGCCACGACGACAAAACAAAAGUUUAGAUCUUGGACGACAUCAUCAUCACCAUCACCAACAUCAUCAUCAUCAUCAGACACGAGGGGAACACACCAAGACAUUAUCCGAUACUGAUGUGAUUACAAUGACUAUUCCUCCUCCACCAAAACCUGCGAGAUCACCGGUUGCAAAACCUGUAUUAGAAUACUUCCGACCGAACAUUAAUCGACUUGUUGAAACCAAACCAAGAUCUAGAUCCGUCUCAUCACCAAAUGCAUCAUCUUCGCAAUCGUCAUGCCAUCAACCAACAUCAUAUACAUCAACAUUUCCAACUUGUGCCAAACCAAGUUCGUCAACAUUAUCCACAUCAUCAUCAUCAUCAGCAACGUCCUCAUCACCAACAUCAUCAAUGUCAUCAACAUCGGUAUUAAACAAACCAUCAUCCAUUAGAAGUCGUAGUGGCAGUCGUGUAGAAGCUAUUGGAAGGCAAUUUGAACAACUUGUGACAAAAUCAACUUUGCGAUCAUCAUCUACUUCAUCAACAACAUCAAAACAAAUGGAUUCUUCCUAGUUCAGUUGUUUAUUUUUAUAUUUUUGUAUUAUUUGAUAUGCCUUUGAUUGAUAUAUAUAUGUUUACCCUUUUCUUUUUAUUCGGAAUUUUAAAUCGAACAAAAACAAUAAAAAAAUUGUCCCUCGUUUUUCUUCUCCCUC